CUUCUUAAUUUACACGAAUAUCCUUUUGCAGCGAUGUUGGCUCUGUAAUCACCUGGGUCACAAUGGCUAAAUCCUGGAUUAACCAUUUUGUAAUGCUGUGUAUGUGGAGUUGCUUAGGUGCCCAGCAACUGGAAGAUGCACUGCCUUUUCAGUUUACUCAUCCAAUUUACAAUGUAACGAUAUUUGAAAAUUCAGCCGCAAAAACCUUUGUUGAAUGCCCCAUAAAAAUGGGCAUUUUCAAGGCGAACCAGUCUUGGGACAUUUGGUACUUAAUAGAAUCCGGAGACCAUGAUAACUUAUUCAAAGCUGAAAGAUAUGUUUUGGGUAAUUUCUGUUUCCUGCGAAUACGGACCAAAGGAGGGAAUUCUGCCACUCUCAAUAGGGAAGUAAAAGACCACUAUCUACUGUCUGUAAAUGCUAUUGAAAGAAAUACUGGUGCUGAGGCACAAACACAAGUUAAAGUACAAGUUCUGGACACAAAUGAUCUCAGACCUCUUUUCUCACCGACUACAUACAGUUUUUCUGUACCUGAAAACUUAGCCAUCAGAACAAGCAUAGGCAGAGUUUCUGCCACAGAUGCUGACACAGGCACCAAUGGAGAAUACUAUUUCAGCUUCAAAGAGUGGACUGACAUGUUCGCCAUUCAUCCUACUAGUGGGGUUAUAACUCUGGCAGGCAAGCUGGAUUACUCUGAGGUGGCUCUUUAUGAGAUUGAUGUGUUGGCCGUGGACAGAGGUCUUAAGCUCUAUGGGAGUAGCAGCAGCAGCAGCAGCACAGCAAAGAUAAAGGUGCACGUACUGCAGGCCAAUGACCACGCACCUGUCAUCACAGCUGUCCCCUUAACUCCAUGGAACGCAACCAGGGAUCCCACAUAUGCAUAUGUGACUGUGGACGAUGGUGAUGAAGGGCAGAAUGGCGAGAUUGCCUCUUUGAGCAUCGUUGCUGGAGAUCCACUCCAGCAGUUCAAGACAUUCAAAACAAACCCUGGGAGCAAAGAAUACAUAAUCAAGGCCAUUAAGGCAGUGGAAUGGGAGGGUUAUAGUUUUGGGUACAAUCUGACAUUGCAGGCCAAAGAUAAGGGAAAUCCUCCAAAGUUUUCCUCAGCCAUAGUUGUGAGGGUGAGAUCGCCCAGUGAAUAUACAGAGACUCCUGCAUUUGAGAAGAGCAUCUAUAGAGUUAGUCUCAGUGAGUUUGCGCCACCUCACUCUCCUGUUGUUAUGGUCAAAACUGUACAGAAACAUUCUAAGAUUAAAUUCUUGUUACAAUUCAAAAUGCAACAACAUGAGAAUCCAUUUGUUAUUAAUCCGAACACAGGCCUUAUUACCACCAGGGCACCUCUAAAUGCAGAAAGUGCCAGUCAAUAUGAAUUUGAUGUUGUUACCAGUGACAGGCGAGCAGUGACCAAGGUGGUGGUCAGUGUAAUUGAUGAGAACAACAAUACCCCAACCUUUCAAAAAUCUCAUUUUGAAGCCAGUGUCGCCGAACAUGUGCCCACUGGGACCAGCGUCUCAACAGUCAGUGCUACUGACAAAGAUGACGGAGAAAAUGGAUAUGUCACCUACAGUAUUGUCAAUAUGAACAAACAGCCUUUUGAAGUGGAUUAUUUCUCCGGUGUCAUUAGCACCACGGAGGAUCUAGAUUAUGAGAUAAUGCCGAGAAAAUUCUCCCUAAGAAUUCGAGCCUCAGACUGGGGUUCCCCUUUCCGCCGUGAGGCCGAGGCUGUGGUUUCAAUCACUCUCACCAACCUGAAUGAUACUAAGCUGCAAUUUGAGUAUAUCAACUGUGAUGUUACAGUGCCAAGAGCUCUAGCAGUUGGUGAGCAAAUAAUAGUCGUGUCUGCCAUUGAUGCCGAUAAUAUCGGCGUAGUGCAGUACAGAAUUGACACUGGUAAUAACUUGAACCUUUUUGAAUUGGAUUCCAGCUCUGGGUUGCUGACACUUAAAAAAUCACUGAGGGAUGGUGAUGCGGCGAAACACUCUUUCCACCACCUGCAAAUAACUGCUAGCAAUGGAGGAAUAUCAAGUACUUCUAUGUUCUUAAAUCUAACAGUUGUUAAUGCUUUCAAACAUGUCCACUCCAAAUGUGCACAGACUGGUGUUCUGAGAACUUUAGCAGGGCUGCAGCUUUUUGGCUCUAAACUACACAGACAGAAAGAAGCAGAGGAUGAAUUCGCAGACAUCCAUUCUGUUAAUCGCCACGCUCCGCAGUUUAUAGAGUCCACUCCAAAUAUGAUAGAAGUUAAAGAGGACCUUCCUGUAGGGACAAGUGUAGCACUCCUCAGAGCUGUCGAUUCAGACUCUGGUUUCAAUGGGAAAUUGCUUUUUGUGAUCUCAGGGGGAGAUUUUGAUAGCUGCUUCACAAUGGAAUCUGACACAGGGUGGCUUAAGGUUUUCCAGCAACUUGAUAGAGAAACAACAGACAGCUACACUCUCAACAUCACUGUUUAUGAUCUCGGCUUACCGCAGAAAUCCUCAUCUCAUAUAUUAGAUGUUAAAAUUUUGGAUGCCAAUGACAACAGUCCAGAGUUCCUUCAGCAGGAGUAUUCAGUGGAUAUAAGUGAGGACACUGCUAUUGCAACAGACAUCAUUCAGCUUGAAGCGAAAGAUAAAGAUUUAGCGGUCAAUGGAAUGGUUAGGUACUCAUUUCUUACUGAAACGGACAAAUUUGUCAUACAUGAGGAAACAGGGAUUGUAACUGUUAAUGGGCUGUUAGACAGAGAGGCCAAUCCAUUAUUUGUUUUAAGGGUGGCUGCUUUUGAUGCAGCAAUUGAUGAGCCUAAAAUGGUAUCAACAGUGUUGUUACAGAUUAAUUUGAAGGAUGUGAAUGAUAAUGCCCCUACAUUUAUACCCCAACAAUACCAUAUCAGAGUGAGAGAAGACAUUCCAGUGGGCACCUUGGUACUCUGGCUUGAAACUCACGAUCCUGACCUUGGCCUGUCUGGACAGGUGAGGUACAGUCUAACAGAUGUGGAAGAUGGAUACUUUCAGGUGGAUAAAAUGACUGGAGCUGUGUACGUCUCUCAGACUCUUGAUUUCGAAACAAGACAAGUAUAUAAUCUGACAGCAAAGGCCAAAGACAGAGGCAAGCCGAACCCUUUAUCCUCAUCCUGCUUCAUUCAAGUGGAGAUCGUGGAUGUUAAUGAGAAUAUGUACCGCCCCUCUUUCCCAUUCUUUGUGGACUGGGGUGCUGUGAGUGAAGAUGUCCCAGUUGGCACCUCGGUUAUGAAAGUUACAGCUUAUGAUGAGGACAGCGGCAGGGAUGGAGAAGUUCGCUACUCCUUACGAGGUGGUUCAGGCCUUGGAGUGUUCACCAUUGAUGAACAGAGUGGCAUUAUAAGGACACAAGAAACUCUUGAUCGUGAGACUACUAAUCAUUACUGGCUUACAGUCUAUGCCACAGACCAAGGAAUUGUGCCACUUUCCUCAUUUGUGGAGGUUUACAUCAAGGUUCAAGAUGUCAAUGACAAUGCUCCACUGACAACAGAGCCUGUGUACUAUCCUUCUGUAUCUGAGAACUCUCCCAAAGACGUCUCUGUCAUCCAGAUCCAAGCAUUUGACCUGGACUCGGAAUCAAGUGAUAAUCUCUCAUAUAAAAUAACCAGUGGAAAUCCACAGGGAUUUUUUGCCAUUAACUCCCAGACAGGGUUGGUGACAACCACAUCGCGGAAACUGGACAGAGAAAAGCAAGCAGAGCAUCUUCUUGAAAUCACUGUUUCGGAUGAUGGCAGUCCAACCAAGUCUACAACGGUUCUUGUGAUAGUCAACGUAUUAGAUGAAAAUGACAACAGUCCCCAGUUUCUGGAAAAGACCUUUAAAAUCAAGCUGGUGGAACGACCAGAGGCAGUUGAAUGGGAGCCAAUUUAUCGAGUGAUUGCUUAUGACAGAGAUGAGAGUCCCUCCUCUGAUAUCUCAUACAUGAUUGAGGAGGGUGAAGAGCACAGGAAAUUCUUCAUUGAGCACACAACUGGGUUUGUGUUCUCCAAAGAGGCUUUUUCAGCGGGGGAGUAUCAUAUUCUCACAAUUAAAGCAUCAGACAAUGGAAAGCCUUCAAAGUCAUCCAUCUGUCGGUUGCACAUUGAGUGGAUUCCAAAGCCUAAGCUGGCUAAACAACCGCUGGCGUUUGAGGAGAUUCCGCUCUCAUUCUCUGUGAUGGAGAAUGAUCCAGUGGCCCAUAUGGUGGGAGUCAUCAGCGCUCAGCCACUUGACUCUCCUGUAUGGUUUACAAUCAAAGGAGUCACACAUGUUAAAGAAGUUUUUCACAUUCUACAGAUGGCUUGUGACCUGAACUGUACAGGAGGUGGAAACACUGCCAACCACUUUGAUGUGGAGAAGGCGACUGGCACAAUCAUCAUCGCUGGAGCUCUAGAUGCUGAAUGGCAGUCAAAUUACAACCUUACUGUUGAGGCAACAGAUGGAACAAGAUCCAUCAGCACUCAGGUCAUAAUUCAAGUUCUCGACGCAAAUGAACAUCGCCCCCAGUUUGGCCAAAACCAAUAUGAGAUAAGUAUUCCAGAGGAAACCCAGCCUGGUAUGAAGAUACUGGAAAUUAAUGCAACAGAUAAAGAUGAGAAGAACACAUUAUCCUACACACUGUUGAGCAGCACAGACUUAUUUAGCCUGAAGAAGUUUAGUCUUAAUCCUGGAACAGGCUUUCUGUACACUGCUGAAAAACUGGACCAUGAAACCAUGCACAGACAUAUCCUCACAGUAAUGGUUAGGGAUCAAAGUGUGCCAGUGAAGAGUAAUGUUGUGAGAGUGAUCAUCAACGUGGAGGACAGUAAUGACAAUGUACCAUGGUUCACCAGCUCUCAGUACGCCGCCCGUGUCUUUGAAACAGCUGCGAUUGGUUCAUCAGUAUUACAGGUCACUGCUCUGGACAAAGACAAAGGCCUCAAUGCUGAUAUCCUCUACAACAUAGAUUCAGGAAAUCAUGGAAAUUCCUUCAACAUUGAUCAGUCUUCAGGCAUUGUAACAGUUGCAAGGGAACUUAAUCGUAAAUACAGAGACCAAUAUGAAUUGUUAAUAAACGCAUCUGAUAAAGGAGAACCUCCUCUCAGUGUGGUUACAAGCGUCCAGGUCACAGUCACCAUCUCGGAUAAUACCAAGCCGACAUUCCCCUUCAAUUCAAUAUUGGUGGAAGUCAGUGAAUCUGUCCCUGUUGGAAGUUUUGUAACUUUAGUCUCUGCUUUAAGUCAAUCAACCAUAUUUUAUCAGAUCAAAGAGGGAAAUGUGAACAGUGUGUUUGACAUCAAUCCAAACUCUGGCGCUAUCACCACAAGGAAAAAACUGGACUUUGAAACCCUUUCAUCAUAUAAACUGAUUGUGCAAGGUUCGGACAUGGCUGAAAUGUCGAGCAGUGUCACAGUAAACAUUCAUCUAAAAAAUGAAAAUGACAACAAUCCUGUUUUCACUCAGCCUGAGUUUACUGGCUUCAUCAGUGAGUCGGCUAUUGUCGGAAGUCUGGCUCUGACCUCUCAGAACGUUCCACUUGUUGUUUGUGCAACAGAUGCUGAUCAGCAGUCAAAUGCCAGGCUUGUCUAUGAGAUUAUGGAAUCAUUCGCUCGUGACUAUUUUUCUAUCAUUUCUGGGACUGGAGCUAUUCAAACUCUCAGAAACCUGGAUUAUGAGCAGAGAAAAGUGUUUAACUUUACAGUUCAGGUCCAUGACACUGGGAUGCCUCGUUUGUUUGCUCGAAACACUGCCAACGUGACUAUACAUGUCAUUAACAUCAAUGAUUGUGCUCCAAAAUUCACUCAGGAUUCAUAUGAGACAACGCUCCUCCUUCCAACCUACAAAGGGGUUAAAGUGAUAACAGUAAAGGCUACCGACGAGGACUCACUGCCAGACACCAAACUACGCUUUGAACUUGUAGACGGAAACAUAGGGAACAAAUUCCUGCUUGAUCCAACCUCAGGUGAUAUUUUUGUGCAAAAUGCUACACAGUUGCGGAGCAGAUACAGACUGACAAUCCGGGUUUUUGAUGGAAGUUUUACUGGCACUGCAACUGUGAAACUCAAUGUUAAAGAUAAUAAAGGUCAAAAUCUUAAGUUCACUCAGGAAAUUUUCACCACCUAUGUGCAAGAAAGCUCAACGGAGAAGAAGACCCUGGCAGUCCUCUCUGUAGUUGGAAAUAGAGUCAACGAGCCUUUGUUUUAUUCUAUUCUCAACCCUAACAGUAAAUUUGAAAUAGGACGCACAUCUGGAGUGCUUUUCUCCACAGGCAUCCCAUUUGACCGCGAAGAACAAGAUUUGUUUGAAAUCUUUGUGGAGGUUACUAAAGAGUCAAGGGCGAACGGAACCGCCCAUGUGCUUGUGCGAGUGCAUAUUGAGGAUGUGAAUGAUAAUGCUCCUGUCUUUAUAGAUCAGCCCAACAGCGCUGUUGUUCAGAUUGACAAAACCGUGGGUUCGGUUUUCGGAAAGGUGACCACCGUGGACAAAGAUAUUGGCAGAAAUGCUGAGGUUACAUACUAUUUGAAAAAGCAUGAUAAAUAUUUUCAAGUAAGCCCGUCAGGAGAAAUAUCUCUUAGGAGACCUCUAGAGCUUGAAAAUGUUGGCAAGUUCGUCAUUAACAUAAUUGCGCAAGACAGAGGCACCCCACCACUGUUCUCAGAAGCAGAAGUGAUUAUUUCAGUGGUAAACAAAGCCACACCAGUGUUCGAAAGACCUUUUUACAAGAUUGUAAUCCCUGAGAAUGUGCAAGUUCGUACUUCUAUACUCCAAGUUGUGGCCAAUCAAUCGGCAGGACAUUGUGCAGUCUACAGCAUCAGUGAAGGCAAUCCAUUCAAUCAGUUCAACAUUAAUUUCAAUUCUGGACUCAUUGAAGUCAUCCGGCCAUUGGAUUAUGAGGCUCACCCCGCAUAUCGGUUGAGUGUCCAGGCGACAGACUGUCUAACCGGUGCCAACUCUGAUGUUUUUGUAGAUAUCAUAUUGGAAGACGUCAAUGACAACAUACCCAAAUUCGAUGCGGCAGUGUAUAAUAUUAGCAUCUCUGAAUCUGUUGUAAUUGGAUCCUCUGUGUUACAAGUUGUCGCCAUGGACUCUGACACAGGAAGCAAUGCAGAAUUGUUUUAUCAGUUGUAUGAAAAGGAUGGAGCCACCUCAGAUCACUUCAGAAUAGAUGUUGAGAGUGGAGUCAUUUGGACCGCAAGACUAUUAGACCAUGAAACGCAAUUGCAGCAUGAACUGAUUGUAAAAGCUGUUGAUGGUGGAGCAUUUCAGCUGUCUGCUGAGGUCCAAGUGAUUAUAUUUGUAACUGAUCUUAAUGACAACCCACCUAUUUUUGCACAGCAGCUUUAUAAUGCCACCAUUAGUGAGAUUUCUUCUCCAGGGAAGCUUGUGACCUGUGUUAAAGCAUAUGAUGCUGACAGCCGUGGAACCAGACAGCUGGAGUAUGCUAUUUUGUCUGGAAAUGACGACAAUAUAUUUGCAAUUGAUGCGUCAAGUGGAGAAAUUGUGAUUGCCAACAUCAGCCGGCAGUCUCUUGAGCCCUUCUACAGCUUAAUUUUGUCAGUAACUGAUGGUGUUUUCAGAAGUACUGCUGAGGUAAACAUCUAUGUGAUGGCUGAGAAUAGACAAAGCCCGUCAUUUACCCAAGAUGAGUAUCUUAUUGAGCUCCCUGAGAACUCUCCAGUUGGUACGUUGGUUGGACAAGUUGAAGCCAUUGAUGAUGACCCAGGGAUAUAUGGUCAAUUGACAUUCCUCAUUGUAAAUGAUAUCGCCAGGGAUAAAUUUACCAUCAAGGAUGAUGGCUGGAUUCACACAGUAGAGGGUUUUGACAGAGAAAACCCAGAAGAGAAAGCUAUUAGCAUCAGUUUAAUGGUUAAAGAUGGCGGUGGGCGAUUAGGCUUUUGUACCGUGAUUGUAAUUCUCUCUGACGUGAAUGACAAUUUACCCAAAUUCAGGCUCUUGGAAUAUAAAGUUACUGUGCCAGGAGAUACUCCCAGUGGUACAACUGUGAUCAAAACAUCUGCAGUAGAUGAAGAUGAGGGAAGUAAUGCUGAUAUAAUUUACACUGCUGACUCUGAUUUAGGGCACUUCGAAAUUCAUCCACUUAGUGGUGCAAUUGUCACAAAAGAAAGUCUAAUUGGACUGGAAACUGGCCUGUAUUCCUUCUUUGUGAAGGCUAAAGAUUCUGGAAACCCACCAAUGCAAUCUAUUACUCCUGUUUCAAUUAGAAUAGUUCCACCUGAAACAUCAAUCCCAAAGUUUGCCGAGCCGUCAAUGUGGUUGGAGCUUUUAGAAGACCUGGCUGUCGGAACUGAGAUGGAUAUCUUCCAAGGCCAGAAUGAGCGGUCUGUGAUCUACAGCCUUGUUAGAGGGAACACCCCAGAGAGUAACAAAGAUGAUGUCUUUGCUAUUGACAGCAGGACUGGAAAGCUUGCACUCACAAAAAGAUUGGACUAUGAAACUACCAAAUGGUAUCAGCUUACAGUGCAGGUCCAAGACGUUGAAGAUGGCAUGGAAAUGGUCUCAACUAUAGAUUUGAGUAUCCAUCUCAAAGAUGUCAAUGAUAACAGCCCACAAUUUGAGUCCUUCCCCUACCAGUCAUUUAUUGUUGAAAACCUUCCAGAAGGGACUUCUGUGGUGCAGGUUAAGGCCACUGAUCUUGAUUCUUGGGUGAAUGGUCAGGUUACUUAUACUCUGCAUGAAAUCCAGGAGCACCCUGAUGUUCUGAGGAUGUUUGCUGUGGACAGUGAGACAGGCUGGAUGACCACCCUCACAGAGAUAGACAGAGAAAAGGCAGACCGAUAUCGAAUCACAGUGAUGGCCAUUGACAGAGCUCAAGGGCAACGGAUGACAGGCACUACUGUUGUAGAAGUGACAGUUGUGGACCUAAACGACAACCCUCCAUUUUUUGCUGAAGCCGUUUUUAAAGGUAGUGUGCGAGAAGAUGAAUCCACACCAGGCACAGUUAUCACCAUUCUCAACUAUGCUGAUUCUGACAGUGAGGAGGUCAACAGGAAGUUCAGCUGUUUUAUCACAGGUGGGGACCCGCAGGGCCUGUUUGAUGUGAAGCACACAGAUGGUGUUUGGGUGGUCACUGUCAGCAAAACCCUGGACAGGGAGGAGAGAGAUUUCUAUCUUUUAAACAUCACAGCCACUGAUGGAACCUUUGUGACAAAGGCUACCGUAGAGAUCACUGUUCUUGAUGCAAAUGACAACAGUCCUGUUUGUGAAAAGGAUGUGUAUGCACAAACUGUUCCUGAAGAUGCACUAGUUGGAAGACAAAUUCUUCAAGUCUCAGCCACUGAUGCAGAUAUCCAAUCAAAUGCGGAAAUCACUUACAAGUUGAGUGGCAGCGGAGCCGAAUCAUUCACAGUUGACACCAAAACGGGUGUAGUGAAAACACUGGUAACCCUGGACAGAGAGAUGACAGAUGUGUACAACCUAACUGUGCAUGCAGUGGAUGGAGGCAAUCGCUUCUGCCAAGCUUCUGUGGUCAUCACUGUUGAUGACGUCAAUGACAAUCCCCCCAAAUUCACAUCGGACUCACAUCAUGUGAGCAUUUUUCAGAAUACACAACCUGGGACGUAUGUGGCACGACUAGAAGCGUUUGAUGCAGAUAUUGGGAUGAAUGGAAAAAUACGUUACGUGUUUGAAGACUCUGCCGGAGGUCUGUUUUCAAUUGAGGAGAGCUCAGGAAUUAUCAGUUUAGAAAGGUCCCUGGACAGACAGAUGAAGGCCAUGCAUGUGCUGAGGGUACGUGCUACAGACCAGGGCUCACCCCAUAGACUCUCCUCUCUCAGUUUUGUAGAGGUGACUGUGCUAGACGCUAAUGACCAUCCACCAGUGUUUGAGCGCAAGGACUACGUUUCCACAGUUCCUGAAGAUGUUACGGUAGGGACUAAGCUUCUGAAUGUCUUUGCUGCAAGUAGUGACAGGGAAAUUACUUCCCAGACAACGUACUCUAUCACCAGCGGCAACGAUCAAGGAGCUUUCCGAAUUGAUUCACGAACAGGUGAUAUCUUUGUGAUGGAGCAGCUGGACUAUGAGGUGUCUCCACAGCACUUCCUGACAGUGAAGGCCACCUCCAGAGGGAAACAGUCACUCAGGGACACAGCUACUGUAACCAUUCACCUUCUUGACAUUAAUGACAACAGCCCUGUGUUCAGCCAGAAGGUCUACUCGGCUGUAGUUAGUGAGGACACCAGACUCGGGAGCAAAGUGCUCAAGGUACUGGCGAAUGAUAUUGAUGGGCAUUUAAACAACCGAAUCCACUAUUCCAUUGAGGACAAAAACCAAACGUGUCCAUUCAUCAUGGAUGCAGUCAGUGGUGAACUUCAACUUGUCCAUCAGUUGGACAGGGAAAAGGUAGCGAGUUACUCGCUGACCGUGCUGGCCUCCGACAGUGGAAAUCCCCCCAAAUCCGACAGCGCUGUAAUCAACAUAGCUGUAUCUGAUGUGAAUGAUAAUCCACCUGUCUUCUCUCAGGCUAACUAUAGUCUCAUCAUCCAGGAGAAUCUCCCUUCAGGGACCAGUGUGUUACGGCUCAAUGUGACAGACAAUGAUUACCCCCAAAAUGGGCCUCCUUUCUCCUUUAGUAUUGUGAAGGGUGAUGAGACAAACCCCUUCAGCAUAGACCAGAUGGGUGUGAUAAGGACAGCUGGACCACUGAGAAAGGGCCAACACAUACUCCAUGUGCAGGUGUCUGACAAUGGAAGGCCCCUACUGAAAUCAGUCACUUCUGUCAGUGUGCUUGUAGUACAGGCGGGUAUGUGUCCUCCAUCUGUGCUUUCUCUGGAUGUUUUCAUCAUGAUCUCAGAAGAUGAGUACUUCGGAGGGAUGCUGGGCAAGGUCCAUGUCACAGAUCAAGAUGAAUAUGACACGCUCACGUUCACUCUGGAGCCACAGUCACAUAGCUUGUUCUCUGUCAUUGGCAAGGAUGGCAGAUUGUUGGCCCGUGGAGGCUUGGAUGUGGGUUAUUACAAGCUUAAUGUCUCAGUCAGUGACGGUCGUUUCUCAGCCUUAGCCGGUGUCACAGUGAACGUGCUGCGGGUCACAGAGCAGAUGCUGCACAGUUCUGUUUCUGUGGGCUUUGCUGGCAUCUCUGCUGAGAAUUUUAUCCAGGACCACUGGAAAAACUUCCAAAGAGCUAUCCGCAGUGUAGCCGGAGUCCGCAGGGGCGCCAUGCAGUUGAUCAGUCUGCAGCCUGCAGAAAUGAAUGACGGCCUGGAUGUUCUUUUGUUCUUUGAGAGACCAGGACGAGGCGCCAGCGCGCUGGAAGCCCUCUCUCAGAAGCUCAACUCUUCCAGAGCAGCCAUCAAAGAGAUGACAGGACUACAAGUAGUGAGGGUAUUGCAUAGUCAAUGCUUAAGCUCUGAGUGUCCCGGGAGUAUUUGCAGACGAGUGGUCCUGCUUAAUCAGACCAGUAUGGCAACAUACAGCACUGCCCGAGUCAGCUAUGUCACCCCCAAACACAACACAACAGCCAAAUGCGUGUGCACAGACAGUAAGUGCCUGAAGCAUGAAACCACCUGUGUAAACAACCCAUGUCCAGAGGGCUAUGAGUGUGUGUCAGGCUUUGGGAAAGAAAAACACAGCUGUAUAUGCACAGAUGGUGCCAAAGUCAAGUGCUCAGGAGGAUCUUCAAUGACAUUUAGUCAGAGCAGCUAUAUUAAAUAUCGCCUGAGAGAAAGCACAAGAGAAGUGAAGCUCACGCUCAAGUUAAAAACUCUCUCAAGGGAAGGAACAGUAAUGCUUGCCAAAGGAAUAGGCCACAGCAUUCUACAGAUAGUUGGAGGCAGACUGCAGUUCCAGUUUGACUGUGGUUGGGGUCUCGCCACAGUUUCUGUGCACAGUGUCCUGGUGAAUGAUGGACAGUGGCACAUGGCAGAACUUGAAGUGAAGGGUAACUAUGCCAGGUUGGUUCUGGAUCAGCUCCAUUCUGCGUCAGGCAUCGCGCCCGGUCCCCUCCACUGCCUAAACCUGGGGGACCAGGUGGUCCUGGGUGGACACACUCAAAGUCUCAUUUCCAGACUCAGGCGCAAUCUGCCUGUAUCAAACAGCCUAGAGGCCUGCAUGGACUCCGUGCUGUUUAAUGGACAGAGACUGUCCUUGGACUCAAAUGAUCCAUUAGGAGUUGCCAUUGAGGACAUGGCAGGAGUGUCUCCUGGCUGUGUCUUCUUCCCAUCUCCAGACUGCUCUAGUAAUCCCUGCUUGAAUGGAGGGAGUUGCUUGAUGAGGCAGAGUGGAGGUUAUGCCUGUAAAUGCAGUACUUCAUUCUCUGGGACUCACUGUGAGGUCAAGAUCAGUCCUUGUGACUCUAACCCUUGUCUGUAUGGAGGAACCUGCAUCCAGAAUAACCUGGACUACUCCUGUAAAUGCAGGGGCCAGUACUCAGGACAAAGGUGUCAAAUAGGUCCUUACUGCAAGGAGAAUCCAUGCCAAAAUGGUGGAAAGUGUAUAGACAGUCUUGAUGGACCAAUAUGUCAGUGUGAGUCAGGAUUCGAAGGAGAAAGGUGCAUGAUUGACAUCGACGAGUGUGUGGACAGGCCUUGCUUCAAUGACGGGGGUUGUGUCAACACACAUGGAUCUUUUAACUGUUCUUGCUUGGUGGGAUUUGGUGGGAGACUGUGUGAGAUGGACACAGAAGUGAGAAACCAACUUAUAUCUUCCUCCUGGAACUCUUGGAUUGGAGAACUGGUCACAAUUCUGGCAUUUCUGAUAGCCAUCUUUGUUUUGACUUUGCUCUUCUUAAUAAUGUGGAAAGGAACCUCCAAACUUGGCAAGAGAGAUAAAGACCUUGAUAAGUACAAAGAUGUUGAUUCUUACAUUCAGAGGUCCAGUGUUUACAACCAAGCCCGAAAAGAAUCCUGCCCGGACACCCCGCCGCAGGUCCCGGUGCGACCCAUCUCAUACGCACCCAGCAUUCCUGGAGAAUGUCGAAACAACCGAGGCUCCGUGCCUGAGUUCAGCAGUUUUACGCCAGAUCCACUCUUUGGUCUUAGGAAGACUGUGGCUGUGUGCAGUGUUGCCCCUAACCUACCACAUUGCAAAGCAUCCCAUUCACACUCGGAAAAGGAUUCCAUACAUGCAGAUUGGGAUGAGGAGUAUGAUGAAAAAGUCCAAGACUUGACUUCCUGUUUAGAAAUUGAGGACGACAGUGUUUCCUUUUCUUGUGAUAAUACAGGGUUGCGGUCCAUCUGCUCCCUCCAAUCAGACAUCACGGAUGACAGCUAUUACUGGGAUACCUCAGACUGGCUGCAGAAUAUCUACUCUCCUGGGGUUCAAGGUUUUCUCCAGUAUGAAUUUGUACAGAUGUCCUCCUCUAUGCACAUCGCUCCAGAUGUUCUUGACAUAGACUACCUUACUCCUGGUGGUGACAUAGAGAACUUCCUGCCAAUUCCUGCACUCCCUCUUAAUACUGACAUGUCUGCAGUUCCAGAGUACGACCAGCAUACCAGGUCAGAGGUCCAUCACGUUAACCACCCAACAGCAAGGUCAAACUCCAUGUUAACUUCUAGUCAACAUCCCAGCCAUUGCUACCCACGGCCCAUUGAGACAACCUCUGAGAUUCCUCAGGGCCAACAUAUAGGACCUGCUGAGAUUACUGAUUUCUCGGAAAGUCAUUUGUGAGCCACACACUUUUAAACUCACUUACACAGACUUGCCAGCCAAUGGCUAAAAAUUCCAUUCUGUGGUCAGUGACCGUGAAAAUCUUAGUGAAGCUGCAGUUGAUAACACCUGAGGUGUGAUGUGGUGGGUUGAUGUGCUGAUUUGAAACCACAUUUAGUCUCUCAUGCAGAAUCAUUCAUUUCUUUAUUCAAAAAGUCAAAUUUUGUAUGGUAGGCUAUGUCACUGUUACACACAUUCCUAGAUUUACUUUAAAGGUGCACUCUGUAUUUUAUUUUCUUCUAAAAAUUACAGUGCCAACAUGACAGUGUCUUGGACUUUAUAUUCUCACCUAGUGGUAUAAAUGGAGCAUCACACUAAAGUACUGUUUUUUAGUUAUCGAUGCCAUGUGCUAUUCACUGUCAGCCAUGAUUUAUUCUGCAAGUGAAAAUGUCCAAAUCAGGGAAUUAAGAUAAACGGAUGAGUACUUGGCCUCAGAUAUGACUGAUCUUCAUUUUAUGUGUAUGUGAUUUGAAACAUUAUUUUUAUGGCACUAUGGAUUCCUUUUGUGCAUUUCUUAUGAGGAAAGAAACAGUGCACCUUGAAAUUAUUGCGAGUUACUGUCAUUUAUGUGCCACUAGCUUCACCAAUUACAGAACUACACUGCCACCUUCUGCCAUUGGUUUGGACUAGGGAUGGGCAAUAAUUAAUCGCGAUUAAUCGCAUCCAAAAUGAAAGUUUUU